AGGUCUCUUGAGGGUUCCCAUCUGUGGUGACUUGCCCACUCAAACACACAGCAUGUGGCAGCUGCUACCACCAGCAGCUUGGCUGCUUCUAGUUUCAGCUGACAUACGAGCUGAUUUCUCAAAGGCUGUGGUGGACCUAGACCCUGUGUGGGACCGAGUGCUCAAGAACGACAGUGUGACUCUGAAGUGCAAGGGAACCUACCCUGUUGAAGACAAUUCCACAAAGUGGUGGCACAAUGGGACUCUCACCUCAAAACAGACCUCCAGCUACCUCAUCAAAAAUGCCCAGGUUGAGGACAGCGGCGAGUACAACUGUCAGACAGGCCUCUCUGCACCCAGCGACCCAGUGAAGCUAGAAGUCCACGAGGGCUGGCUAUUGCUCCAGACCCUUCAACGGGUGGUAAAUGCGGGACAGCCCAUUCAGCUGAAGUGUCACAGCUGGAAGAAAACUCCUGUAGUAAAGGUCCAGUAUUUCCAGAAUGGCAGAGGCAAGAAGUUUUUUCGUCAGAAUUCUGACUUCCGCAUUCCAGAAGCACGACUUGAACACAGUGGUUCCUACUUCUGCAGGGGGAUUAUCGGGACAAAAAACGAGUCUUCGGAGUCUGUGCAGAUCACUGUUGUUCAAGAUGUAAAAUCUUCACAAACCGUCUCAUCAUUCUUUCCACCUUGGCACCAAAUCACUUUCUGUCUGGUGAUGGGCCUCCUAUUUGCAGUGGACACGUGGCUGUAUUUUUCUGCUCAGAGAGACCUUCGAAGCUCAGAGGAAUGGAGGGAUGGCAAAGUCACAUGGAGCAAGGGCCCUUAGGACAAAUGAAGGCAUCUCUGGGAGCAGCAGGAAAAUUACACUUCAGACUCUAGGGAUCUGAGGAUCCUUCACCCAGUUCUGUUUCUUCUAGUCUCCUAUGGAAAGAAAGUGCCAACAGUGAAGGACCAGCAAAUAUCUGCAUUACCAGAAAUAGAAGUCUCAGAGCUACUUGGAUGCUUUCUCUAUUUCAACCAUUCUAUCCCAAGAGAACAACAAUACAGACUCUCAAAGAUUACCCCUGUUGUAUGAAGAUUGUGCUUAAAUAAUGGAUAUGUAAAUACGAGAAUUUGUGGUGGAGAGGCAGCUGGAUGGUGGUCUACAUCUGUUGCUGCAGACUGGCUGCCUUCAAAGCACCCUAAAACUCCUUCUAGAUAGACUGUGGGUACAUUUGGGGGUCUAGGGAACAGAGCACAACCAAUGAAGAGGGUGGCUAGGAAAGAGCAGGGUAGUCCAGGAUAGACUAGACAAGACCACCACCUGGGCUGUCUUCCUAGAACAUGAACCAUGGUGGAGGUAAAAGAAAAUCACAGAACUGAGAUAGGAUUGAGUUUUCCAGGGGAACCCCUGUCAAAAGUAUACAAUGUGAGUCUGUGAGUAUACAAUGAUAAACCCUCUCAAUGUCAUAAAUAGAAAAUGGUCCAGGAAAGGGGUUAGGGGUUGGAGGAUUUGCAAAAGAAAGCUCAGAAUAAACUCAUUGGAAGGAACAUUGCUGUCCCAAAUUAAGCCCAGUGAACAAAGAUAUAUCAGUGUCUACACUGAGAAAGCAUUACAAGAAAAAGUCAACCACAGCUGCACAGGAAGGAGUUGGCAGGAGAUAACGAUGCUUUUAUACUGAGAAUUAGAGAGAAGGGGCAUAUAAAACCAGAAUUUUCACUUCAGUAUCUAAUUCAGCUUUAUUCACAACACCCUUAAACAAAUGUUGGGUAAUCACUAUUAAAUGUACUAAACUCUACUAAAUUAAAUCAUGAACUUUGAAAUCCUUCAGCAUGUCAAUAAUAAUGGAGUAGAGGUGAAGUCAAUCAUUGCUUAUGGAAGAAAGCUUUAGCUAUCUCUCUUUGUGUUUUAGAAGCUUUAAACUGAACAUUUCUUGAUUCCGGUAAGGCAUUUUACGAGAUUCUGAAUGUUAUUGUUAGAUAGAAGAUGGAAAAACCAUGAUAAUAAAACAUGAAUGAUGGAA